CGUGCCGCCUGUCGACGUCGCAGUCAUGGAGGAAGUCAGAGUGUUUCCCCUGACCUGUGCAGUUCAAAACUAUGCAUGGGGAAAGAUUGGGCUGGACAGUGAGGUGGCCAAACUGGUGGUUGGCGGAGACCCCCUGGCAGUCAUAGAGGGGGACAAACCCUAUGCAGAGCUGUGGAUGGGUGCCCACCCCAAAGGCGAUGCUCAAAUCAAGGACAACAGGAUCACCCAGACCACCCUGGGCCAGUGGAUAGCACACUACCCCGCCUGCCUGGGCUCCAAGGUGAAAGACGCUUUCCAGGGUCAGCUGCCGUUCCUCUUCAAAGUCCUGUCGGUCAAUACAGCUUUGUCCAUACAGGCCCACCCCAACAAGGAGCUAGCUGCCACCCUACAUGCUCAGUUUCCAGAGCACUAUCCAGACAACAACCACAAACCAGAAAUGGCAAUCGCUCUCACUCGCUUCCAGGGGCUUUGCGGCUUCAGACCAGUGGAUGAGAUCCUGGGCUUCCUUCAAGCUGUUCCAGAGUUCCAUGCUCUCGUUGGCCGGGAUGCAGCAGAAGAGCUACGGAGCAGUGUCGGGGAUGAGGUUCGGACCGGACGGGCCUUGAAGAAGUGCUUCACAAAGAUGAUGAGCUGUGAGAAGAAGGUGUUUGUGGACGAGCUGAAUGAGCUGGUUAAAAGAGUCACGCAGGAAGGUGCAGCAGGGAAGGACACAUCAAGCAGCAACGGCAACCUGUUGCUCCGCCUCCAUUCCCAGUACCCAGGAGACAUCGGAUGCUUCUCCAUAUACUUCCUGAACUAUGUGGUCCUGGAGCCAGGCCAGGCCAUGUUCCUGGGGGCCAAUGAGCCUCACGCGUACAUCUACGGAGAUUGCAUCGAGUGUAUGGCCUGCUCAGACAACACCGUCAGAGCCGGACUGACGCGUAAAUACAUCGAUGUAAACACGCUGUGUGAGAUGUUGAACUACAAGCCGGCGUCUGCCUCCUCCAAAAUCUUCCCGUGUGUCUCGGACCCCGCAGACCCCUGUGUGACCCUGUAUGACCCCCCGCUGCCAGACUUCACGGUCAUGAAGAUACAGGUGCCAGCCUCUGUGAAGGACUACACUGUUGCCUCGGUUGACAGCGCCAGCAUCUUGCUGGUCAUCGAAGGCGACGCCACCGCGACCUCCGCCGCUGCUUUCUCCGAUGUCACCAUGACGCGGGGAAGCGUCCUGUUUGUCUCGGCCAACGAGAGCGUGCCUCUGCACAUUACCUCGCAGUCGGGGAUGACCCUGUUCCGAGCCUGCAGCCUCCUGUAGCUCCGGCCCAGCACCUAAUGCCGCCACCGUCUCUUAGGAAGUUGUUCGUUCUGAAUUGGGCCUCGGAUUUCUGGUGUCCACUAUUUGGUAGGUGGUAUUAAAAACUUAGAGAAUUUUCUCUGGUCCUGUUUUCUAACUGAGUCUGUUGCUCCUUUUUUAACCAUAAGCACCCAGCAGACUGCUCUGAGGAUUCUAACGGUGUUUCUUACAAAUCCAGGAUCAUCCUGCAGGGUAAUAAUCAGCUUUAACUAGUAGUGUCGACGCAGCUUACAUCUAGAAAUAAAGAAAAUGUGCACAAUCCAAGUUCUGUAUCAGUGCUGGACAUUUAAUUUCCAGCACUGUGUUUUAAAGAUUUCUAAUAAAUUAGCCACCGGAAGGUUUUUAAACGUUUCCAAAACUUCAUUUAGCUCCUGUUUAUAAAAUCUUUUUUUUCCUUUACAUUAAAGGCAGUCAGGUCACAUCUGUUCCUUGAUGUGCUCAGAUUUAAGAAAAAAAAAAAAAACAACUCUAAUUUUAAAUAUGUUUGAGCAUCAUUUACUCCUACAAAGAUUUAACAAAAUAAAAAUCCUGAAACAGCCAGAAAACAACAAUUUUAUCAUCUGGUAUUGCUGCAUUACAAAACGUUUACACCACCUACUGGUCCUGUGAGGUACUACAAUCACUGAGCAUCCCUGGGGAUGAUGGGGAGUUUCCAGAAAGUCUCUCCUUUUUCUUAUUUGUUCUAUAAACAUUGUAAUGACAGUCUAAAUGACUGGCGUGGUAACAAUAAUGCGAUUCCUGUGUAUGCUGAAUCGAGAGCAGUCGCCCGUCUGACUGGCCGGUUUCCUGCCAUUAUCCAGUUUCAUCCACCAGUGGAAGUGAAGCCGAGGAUUCCGGGUGUGAUGCUUUUGACCACUAACAAUGCAUGCAUAUUUUGUUUUUUUUAAUGUCCUAAUAUUUGAACAGUGAUUGAAUAUAAAAAGAAUAGCUACAGGGUUGGACAAAACGUUGACCCCAAGCUGUCUCCAUCCUGCGAGGCCUGUGUGUUUUGAAUUUUAGCGUCUUGUUUGGUUUGACUAAAUAUGCAGUGUCUGUGCUUCUACAACAAAACGCUGCAUGCCUGCAGGGGUUUCCGAGUUUGCCAGUCUUUAAGUAACUCAAUACAAGACAAGGUCCUUUCAUGUUUUCCAUCUCAAAAUUCCACACUUUGGGUUUUCCAAGUCAUCAAAGCCUAAAUAAGUCCAGUUUUCAAUGAGUUUGGGACCCAGGAUGUGGCCUGCAUUUUACCAUCUAGAAGAGUCAUUUCUCAUCAUCCUUGAGAUGACAAAUUUACAGCUAUUUUUUUAGAACAAUUUCUAACCAAUUUUAUAUUAAAGUAUUUAUCAUCUGACUAGAUUACAACAAACUGUUUUGUUUUUGGUGUUACCAUAAGCAGCAUUUCCAUUAAGGUCGUUUUUUUGUUCAUGCGCAUUUUGAUACCCCCCACCCCCAAAAAAAACAGGUUGACGGAAACAGCAACAUAUAUAUUAAACAUUGGCCACUCCUGGAAAAGAAUUAAAAAGGGAGAUGGACACAUAUUUGUCUUCAGUCCUAUUCUUUUUACAGCCACGAGAUUUAAAAAUGUUGCAUCAGAAUUGGAUGGAAACAUGGCUGUAGUCUAAAUUACUUUCAGAAUAUCCCUGAUUUUAUUUGAAUUUCUCUUCAAUGAAACCUUGACUAUUUACUAAUGUUCUAACAGAGUAAUUCGCUCACUAUUCAAGAUUAAAACAUAUUCUUUUUUUUAAUUCAAUAAUCUCAGUAUUUUUGAGCUGAUUUGGUGAGAAUUUUCCUUUAGCUGGUCAAUCCAUUAUGGCUAUAAUCCCCAGGUGUCGUGGCAGCAACACCGAAGGACUUGAUGUUGAUAAACCACAAUAAUUACCCAUUUAUAUGCAGUAUUGAUUGCUUGAUUGUGAUGAAUUAAUUCAAAGACAGCCUCAACUUCCAUCCAUCUUUCAUACAGGGUUCAGUCUGAAAACUGCUACACUUUGGAGUAAGUUGUCGACUUUAUGGAAGUCGGAUCACGUGCGGAAAAAUUUGGAAAAGCAAAUUGCUUGAAGGGAAAACCUAAAACGAGUAUUUCAACAUGCAUCCUGCCUACCUCCCAAUAAAAAUCACUUCUCUGAAUCAAUAAAGCUGCUUCUACAUGCAGGUUUUUUUGUUGAACACGUCUCUACUUCGCUGCUCUCAUAUCUCAGCUCUUUGUUACUGAAAUAAAAGAAGGACGAGAAUACCUCAUGUCAGUGUUUCUCCUAAAAAUGUUUUACUGUCUGAUGUGCUGUAAUUCUAAUGACAUAAUAGCUUCAUCAACGUUUUUUGUAUAUUUUUGAAGUUGCCUCUGUUACUGAUCUUGUCUGAAGACGCCUCUCUGUUUUGAACACUGUAGAUCGAGGGCUGUGCAAUGUUUCUGUCGGAGAAGCUGUGUGGGGAAAAAUGUCUUGGGUUCCAGUUAGUGUUUAGAAGUUUUGUUGACUAAUGUAUGGGAAUGCAGAAAAUAUGAAUGUGAAAUGGUUUAAUAAAGUCUUGAUAUGCUACU